CGCGAUCACCGUCUCUCUCUCAGUAAAUGAAGAACAGAGUCUCUCCGGCGUAUUCCGAUAACUACGACUGAGAGCUAUCGAAUGGGUCUUCCUUUGUUGACAUGCAGCACGACAAGAGUCGCUUUCUCCUCUUCCUCUUCGUCUUGGUGUAGUGGAAGCGGUGGACAUAGAAGUAGUAGCUCUAAGCUUUUCGAUUCUCCUCCGGCGAGUUACGGGAAGAGAAACUCGCGGUUAAAUGGUCUUUCUUUAGAGAAAUCGAAGUCUAUCAAAGCGUCGUCAUCACAGAGCAGCGGCGAGGUGAUCGACGACGGAGAUGCAUCGACGGCGGCGCGCGGUUUAGCUGCUGUGCCGUCGGUGGGAGGAUUCAGCAGCGGCGAGUUAGCUGGACUUUCCGGGGAGGUUACACCGGUCGGCGAGUUUGUCGGUGGAAGCGGCGGCGGAGAUUUCAGUGGUUGGGAUAAGGUGGGUGCUGUUGUUAGGCUGAGUUACGGAAUCGGGAUAUACUGUGGGAUGGCGGUAGCGGGAAGGUUUAUAUGUGAAGUAGCAGGGAUUGAUUAUACAGGAGGCUUUAAUGCUUCUUUAGAUGCUAUUAUCGCUGGUCUUGGUUAUGCUUCUCCGCCUAUCAUGGCUCUUCUCUUCAUUCUUGAUGAUGAAGUUGUGAAGGUGUCGCCGCAUGCUCGUGCCAUUAGAGAUGUUGAAGAUGAGGAGCUUCGUGGCUUCUUCCAUGGAAUGUCAGCUUGGCAGUUUAUCUUAGUAGUUACUGCAAGUUCAAUUGGAGAGGAGCUCUUCUACCGUGCUGCGUUUCAAGGUGCACUAGCUGAUAUAUUCUUAAGAGGCACAAAUCUCAUCUCAGAUUCUCGAGGAAUGGUCGCUUUGACUGGAAUCUUGCCUCCGUUUGUGCCGUUUGCUCAAGCAUUUGCAGCCACUAUCACUGCUGCUCUCACCGGUUCUCUCUAUUACAUGGCUGCUUCCCCUAAAGAUCCGACUUAUAUUAUGGCACCUGUCUUGAAAACUCGCUCUGCCCGGGAUGAGCUGAAGAAGCUGUUUGCAGCGUGGUAUGAGAGAAGACAAAUGAAGAAAAUCUACUCUCCUCUUCUCGAAGGACUUUUGGGUCUAUACCUCGGCUUUGAAUGGAUUCAGACAAACAAUCUUCUUGCACCUAUCAUCACACAUGGGAUAUACUCAGCUGUUGUACUAGGAAAUGGUCUCUGGAAGCUUCACCAUCACCAGCAACGGCUGCGCCUAAGGGUACAGAAACUUGAAACUGAAGGUGACAGCAGCAGCAACUCAAGAUAGAAGAUAAAAUAGUUAAUUAAAUAUUUUACCCUUUUGUGUUAAAAUUUUGUGAAUUGUCUUUUAUUUAUUGAGCAAACCAUUGACAUUGUACAAAUAGAUAGAAAACAAAGUGUAUAUAGAUAGAACCAUUAGCUAAUAAUAAGAGAGAAGCUUUUAUUGCAUU